UUCCGGUUACAAUGACUGAAGUGCAACUCCGUACAAAACACUGAGGUAUGGAAAGUAAAACCAGCAUAAAAGGUAAAGGGAAGUUAAAAAUUAAUAAGAAGAUAAACAAUGAAGAUUAUUUGUAAAUGGCAUCCAUGAACGGCGAACUUUCAAGUGCAUCAGAAAGCACAUCGUGGGAAGAUUUCUGCGACAGCAGGGCCGAAACUGCAUCGGAAAAUUUUGUAAAAGACUUCCUGGAUUUUCGACGUGUGAAUGGCAAUUGUCAGGUUAACGAUCCCUUACAGUAUGCCAGAAAAUUUGUGGACUAUUUCCUGAAAUAUUUCGAUGAAAAAUUGAAAAGAAGUUCUUAUUAUCAGGAGUCAAACCAAACAGUUCCAAAACUUAGUCUCAGUUCAGUUCCACACAGACUGACACCACAGAUUAGUUUACAUGACGACUAUGACGAUGAUCCACAAAUUGUCCCUCAGGUUAAUUUGUCAAGAAAUGGGGAGACAUCAAAAUCUGUUAAAAGUCCACAUCACAGAAAAGGGGGCUUACUCCGAAAAUUUUCACUCAGGGGAAUACGGAAGAAAGGUAAGCAUCAGGUAGAAGAUGUGAAUAAUGACCAGCCCACUCAAGAUUCUAAAAAACAUAAACAUAUUAAUCCACUUAAACACGAGAAAUUACAAAAACAAUCAAAACUAUUGGAAGUUAAUGAAAACUGUGUCAAGGAAGGAAUAGUUCAUGUUCUGACCGGAGAAGAUGCCAAAGGAAAGUCAAGAUGGGAGAAAACAAGAUUGGUAUUACUGACGAAAGAUGGAGGCAGCUCAUUAGAAUUUUAUUCACCUCCAAAGUCCUUAAAACCCAAAGCCGGUUUGUUUUGUUUCCUGAUCACUCAAGCCAGGGUGACUACAUCCCUAGAGAUGCCUGACCAUGAAUACACAUUUGUUUUAAAGGGUCAAGGUACAAGUGAGUUUGUGAUUGAGGCACAUGAUAUGAAUGAAGUACAUUCAUGGUUAGAUGCUUUAAGAACACGCAUCAAUACCUCACUUGAUGUUCCUGAGGAUGAUUUGGAACCCACUCCUUCAAUGAGGCCAAGACUUGCCACAGCCCCUAGUGGAAGGACAGAAUCUCCUAGUCCUGGAAUUAUCCAGUCAAGCACAUCACAGCGAAGUCUUACAAGUAACCCUCCUGAUGUUCCUCCAAGACCAAGUCCAAGAUCGUUACCUAGGACAGAGCAUAUAUCAACUUCUCUCAGACAUAUAGGGGAUCAUUUAGAAUCACAUAAUCGGGAUUCAUCAGGAGACAUACAGAUAGAACAAACAUUACGGGAGUAUCCAUGGUUUCAUGAAAAUUUAACAAGAUCUGAAGCAGCUCAGUUAGUCCUUCAGCAAGGCCCAACAGGACAUGGGGUGUUUCUAGUUCGACCCAGUGAAACAAGAAAAGGAGAAAGUGUUCUAACUUUCAAUUUUCAAGGAAAAGCUAAGCAUUUAAGAAUGACUUUAAAUAAUGAUGGUCAGUGUCGUGUACAGCAUUUAUGGUUCCAGUCUAUUUUCGAUAUGUUAGAACACUUUAGAACUCAUCCGAUUCCAUUAGAAUCAGGAGGAACAUCUGAUGUGACUUUAACAGAUUAUGUGGUGGCAAUAGAGAGACCAGUGACUCCAAACUUACCGCGAGGCUCGCCUAGAUCCCGCGGUGGUGGCCAUCAUGGAUCUAAUCCAAAUCUUGGUAAUAAUUCCUUAGGAGCUAUGGGAGGCAGUCAGGAAAAUCGUGAUAUAGUUGUUGUUCAUGGAUCAGUGAGAGCACGGACAGAAUCAAUAGAGAAUGUGAUGCGUGAACAGGGACAACACGGACGUGCAAUUGAAAAUCAGUACUCAUUCGUAUGAUUCUCAUCAUAUUCUUAAAGUUUUCUGCCACACUUUUUAGAAAUGGUAUUGGUAGAAUCAUGUUAAGCCUUUUAUUUCUUUCAUAUACUACUGUAAACUUAUAUUUUUUAGGGGCUUCUUUCUGAAUACUGGUUUCUGUAGUCUAGAUUGCUGGUCUAUCUGUACAGAUCCCUGACCUCUGGCAUGGCCCCUUAAAUUUCUUGUUAAAGAUUUUUUUUAAUGUUUUUAUAAAAAUGUAAGGUUCCUUUUUUUUUUUGCUUUUGUUCUUUUAUUUAGCCCUUUUACAGUAGGCCAAAUAAAAUAAUGUGUGUGGUUUUAAUUUUUGUUUUUGGGGAGCAUUUUAGUAAGCUCUGUUAAAGUCACAAUGUGUUCUAUGUUUGUUCCAUAUAAGGAAAAUCAAUGUUGCUAGAACCACACAUAGUAUUUUAUUUGGCUUUGUCACAAAUUCCAAAUGAACUUGAGAAUCACUCUGGAAAAGGCUGAGUUAUACUUUCAAUUAAUGAAUAUUGUUAAAUAUUUCUUAAUUAAUUAUACCAGACCAGAUUUUUUAUUCACUACAUGUUGAAAUAUUCUAAGUAUGAAAAUCUUAACUUACUGAUGUAAAGUAUGUUUUAUUAUAUAAUGUAUUUGGCAAUACAUAUAAGUGACUGCAUGUCAAAUUGUUACAGAUACAAGAUAUUUGGAUUUUGUUUUUUCCCACCUGCCUACCAUGGACAGCCCCCCUCCCCCUUUUCGUUUUUUCAUUUAUAUUUAACUUUUUAUAUUUGGUAGAAAUAUUGAAUACAAAUGCUUUUCUCUUUUUUGCAAGAAAUUGUAUAUAUAUCACUUUUUAUGAUAGAAAGAACAAAAAUGGCAUGUCUACUCUGUAGGCUGUAUGCCCAAAUUUCAAUGUGACCACUUGAAUUCAUCUGAUUGCCUGGUUGUUCAAAUAACAUUUUUUAAAUAAUGCUUUUUCAUUUUUCUCUAAAAAAAAGAUGAAAGAUUUGUAUAAUGAAUAAUAUCAUUGUAAAGCAAGUGGCAUUAAAUCUUUAACAUUCAUCUUUUUUUCUUAAAAUUUAGCUCUAGUUGUAAGAUGAAUCAUAUUUAAUGGCAAAGUAAUCUUAAAUAUGCUACCAAUUUGAAUUUUACAAAAAAAAUUUAAAAAAUUUAUGAUGAUGAAUGCAUUGAAUUCUUUUGUCAAAAAUAUGUUGAGAAAGUUGGUUUUGUUUUGAACUUUGCACAUAAGAAACUUUAGAAAUCAAUUCCUUCAAACAAUAAUUUAGAUUUUUAUUGGUAGCACCCUACCCUUAAAUUGGAGUUCUCGCUUGUUACAUGAAUUUUUUUCUUCAUGUUCGUGGAAUUAUCAUGUAUAAUGGUUAGGUUUUUUAUACAAAUAAAAAAUGGCUCUUAUAUGCAUACAUAUUUUUUGUGCAGUUCAUUGAAUCACUUUUAUGUUUUCAAAAAACACAAAUAUUUAUAUUUAUAUAGGUUCAAAUAUUGUAUAUUACUGAAAUGAAUUUUUCAAAUGUCUUCUCUGGUUUUAUGUUCAUGAAACACAAAGAUUUAUAUUUAUAGAUACAAAUAUUGUAUGUUGCAGAAAUGAAUUUUUCAGAUAUCUACUCUGAUUUUAUGUUAAGGAUACUAGUAGAUAAUACUUUUGUUAUACAGCACACACACAAGUUGAUCAUUUUAAACAUCCCUUAUGCUAAUGUUUAGUGAAUCCAUUUCAAACAAGGGGCACUUUUCACAAAAGUCUUUCGACAAAAAUGGAUUGUAAGUUAUACAUUUUUGUACUGAUAAUAUUUUUGUUAUACAGCACACACAAGUUGAUCAUUUUAAACAUCACUUAUGCUAAUGUUUAGUGAAUCCAUUUCAAACAAGGGGCACUUUUCACAAAAAGUCUUUCGACAGAAAUGGAUUGUAAGUUAUACAUUUUUGUACUGAAAUGUUCAUGACUUACAUGUACUGUAAAUUCGGAAAUUAUAGUGUGUAUUUAUUUUUUCCAAUUUUUGAAGAAUGGACAUAAAUGCGAGAUUAAUUAUUGACAUUUCAAGAAAAUCUGUACACAGAUAUAAGAAUGCAAGUUCUUGUUAUUGCAAUAAUCACCAAGUCACAUUAUUCGCAUUAAUAAAAACCUUGCAAUAAUUUCUGAAUUUUCAGUAUUUGAUCUGAUAAGAUUUUUAAUGACAGGAUUGUUGAGGGAUAAAAGUUCUCUGAUUUACAGCCCUGUUGUACAUACAAAUUAUAUUUUAGAGUGAUUCAACUAGAAUAACUACUGUUCACUGGGUUUUACAACCAUGAGUGAUUUUUUUACUAGACCAUGGAGUGUUAACUGUAGAUUCUGUUAAAUGUCAUGGUACUAGAUUUUAAAUUUAGAUUUCUGCUCAGUUUACUCUAAAUUCAGAAAUUUUUGCAUGCAUUUAUUAUUACAAAUUUUGAAAAAAAUGAGAAAAAAAAUGCGGGAAAUGUUGCAUAGAAAUAAUGCAAUCAAAAUGUUUAAUAUUGACAAAUAUAUCCUGUUGCAAUUUUUCUUAAAAAUGUCUGAAUUUACCGUACUUAUCUGCUGUUCUUAUGUACACCUUUGUCUAAUGACAAUAUUUAUUCAAGUUUACACACUGAUGUAUUUGUUAAGUUUUCAUAUCAUGUUUUUGGUUGUAUACUUUUGAACUUUUAUUGCUAUUAUAAACAUAAAUUAUGUACUAAAAAUAUUGCAACCUUGUUCAGGGGACUCUUAAAAAUGGUUUUAAUUAAUAUUAGGUGAUAACAAAGGAGUGUUUACACAAACAUGUACUUUUAAACUAGAUGCAAGGUUCUUCUAAAAGUUUUUUAUCAGGCAGUUCAUACAGUGGCAGAUUUAGGGGAGAGGGGACCUAGAGGGCCUAACAAGGUUGCAACAGUACUAACAAAGUUUACAUACUUUAUACAAAUGUUUUGCAAUGAAUAUUGAAGAAUUUUAAAAUGUGUGGGUCAUUUCAGGGUUUAGUAGAUUUCUAGUUAAAAUGACCAAUUUUAAACCCUUAAAUAUUUGCAUGUGUCUUGUUUUGCUCUUAAUGCUGCCAGAAAUAGACAUUCGUUUUCUCUACCUGCCUUUGCAUCUCAAAUUCACGUCUACUGGGUUUCAAGAUAAUUUUGAACUUUGUGUAAUAUGAUUUAAUUGAUCAAUUUUAUGCAAUAACAUAGCUUUACUUUACCAGUAGUUGCUUUAUUGGUCCUUUAUUUCAUUUGAUUAUAUUAUCAAUUUUCCACUCAUCCUGUAUAUCCAUGAAAUAUUUGCCACUGGACAUUAAGCAAACAACAACCAUUUGAUAUUUGACCUCCAUGGGUCAACUGAAAUGGUCAUCAUAACAACAAAUAGAAUGUUUAGUUUCUUGAAAAAAAAUCUGAGGAAUAUAUCUUUAUUGUCAUAUAAACAUAAUUAGUUUGUGACAAAAACCAAAAAACAAAAACAAACAUAAUAUAGCAAAGAAAUAACAAUGCUAUAAGAAAUGAACACAUGGAAAAAAAUUAUAAGAUUUCUGCCCUCAGUUCUAAUGACUGUUUUAUAAAGGAGCCAAUAUUUUUAACAUGUUCCAUGAUAGAAGGGUUUAGCCUUUCUUUUACCUUUUGUUCUUGGGUAAGAGACAUAAAAUUAUCAGAAGGUAAACAAUUUUCAAAUAGAUUAUCCCUUAGUCUUUUGUUACAUUCUAGGAGGAAGUGUUUUUCAUCCAGCAGCAAGUGGCACAGUUUACAUAGUCUAUCCUUUCUAGGAAUUUUAUAAUAGCGACCCUUUUCUAUUUCUAAAUUAUGGUCACUAAUUCUCAACUUAGUGAAGCAUUUUCUUAUAGAAAAGUCAUUGGAAGCUAAAUAAAAUUCCCUAUCCAAGCUAAGUUUUAAAUUUUUAUGAAGUAACAGUUUGCUAUUUUCAUCAUAACUAUAUAUUCUGUUUUCAAAAAUAUUUUUAUAUUUUUUUUUAAAUUCAUUUUUAAUCAAGGGCUUUAAAGAGAAUAGUUAUAUUGAUUGAAAAAAUUUCAACAAUAUUGAUACAGUAUUUUGAUAUGAUGAUUCAUACUUGAACAUCCAAUGAGGUUCACGAUGGGGGUCCUUCAUUGCUGUAUUCUUCAAAUCUUUAAAAAUAACACUAUUUCUGUAAUAUUUAUCAUGAAAAUGUAUUUUACUGUUAAUUUUUUCUGAAAUUAUAUGAUUUCUUUAUUCUGUUUUUUGUUCGUUACUGUAAUCGGUAUUGUAUUACCUAAUUCUUUUAUUUACCACUGUUAUUCUUUACACUUUUGCACCCCAUUAUUCUCUAUUCAUUAAUUUUUAUGGUCAUUAUAUUAUUUGGCCACUUUUCUCUAUUCUUUAAACCCCAUCCAGACCCUCAAUAUCAAAAGGUACUUUUGAACAUCUAGAUAAAUUCCUUUGCUUAAGAAUCGAAUAACAAAAAAUAUAUCUUUUUUUUUUCCCAUAAAGUGUUGUCGAAAGAAUUGUCAGUAUCCACUUAGAAUUUUUCUUGGAAUAACUGUAUAAUUCAUUAUCUGAAUCAAAAGAGGUUUUUUAAAACAGAAAUGGUCUGAAGUGUAGUCAUGGUGUUAUCUAGCUCAGAUGUAGGGUGAAUUGUUGAUUCUUUGUAAGUAAUUCUAAUUCAGCUAGAGUUAUUUCCCUUUGAGCACAUUUUUUUUCUUUCAUGUAAUUUAUGUAUUAAAGUUUGACAUCUUUUAACAAAAAAUUGUGAAAACGUCAACUACAUUGAUACUUCAAAAUUAUGUUUAUUCUAUAAUAUGAGGCAUUGCCUAUGCUUAAAAACUAUAUUGUUAUUUAAUUGACAACUACACGUCAAUUUUUUAUGAUAAAUGUAGAAAUUGGAUAUGUUAUUUUUGGGGUUAAAUAAGAGUUAAUUCAUACAUUACAGUGAAGUUUCAUGCUUUAAUAUUUUAAUGAUUUUAUUUUUUAUUAUUCAGGAUCAUACGAUUGGAACAACUACGUUUUUAUUUUUAGAAGUUUUUAAACAGAGUUUUUUUAUUAUAUGAUGAUCAUCAGUCUUGAGUUGAUUAAUUUGAUUGUUUUUGUUAAAUAUGUUUGAAUUAUUAUCUUCAGACUAUAUACUUAACCAAAUAGCUUUUUAAAACAGAGAAUCUAUCAUGAAAAUUAUGAGUAUUUAAUAAGAGACCAAUGUUUGGUUUUUAGUACUUUACAUCAACAGUAAGUGCUAGUUAUAUAGAUAUUGAAAUACCUGUCUAAAAUUUCUAAACCUUUUACACUCGAGGCAAGGAUGUUAACAACUACUGGGUUUUUCUCAUUGUUGAAGGCUGUAUGGUUGCCUAUAAUUGCUUACAUCCACUUCAUUUGAACUCUGAUGGAUAGUUGUCUCAUUGGCAAUCAUACUAAAUCUCCUUAUUUUUAUACAGUUUACUGUAUAGUCUUCAACAAAGACAAACCCAUACCAAAUAGUAAGCUAUAAAAGACAUAGGAUAACAAUACAGGAGAGAAAAUUAAUUUGAGCUAAUUAAUCACAUUAUAUGAAACACAAAUCUGACAGACGGCAACCAAUGACAACCAUUGGACUAAUGGUUUAUGAUUUGUUUACACAAUUUAAGUGUUCAGGCUACCAGAUCAUUAAAAAUUGGGUUCCUUUUUUUUUAUCUUGUUUUUGCUUUCCCUUUUAUAAAUAACUAUGGUACAAAAAAUUUUAAAUAUGAAAAAAAAGUGAAAUAAAUCAUACAGAACUUCACCCUCUAGGAUAUUUUCUUCAGAGGGAGAUUCUGCACUUUGGAAAUUUUACAUCUAAAUAAUAAGCAGUUUUUAAAAAAAUAUGUUUAAAAUUAAAGCUGUCUCUUCAAAUAAAAAUCAUCAUUUUAAUUAAUGAAUGAAAAUUAAAACAACUUGAGAAUUUCAUGUCUUUAAAGCACAAUGCAAUAUUUCACUGAUGAAUAAUUUAUUUUGCAAGCUUAUAGAAAGAUUACAUUUCCACAUUAUUUUGAAAUGUCUUUUUAUGUAUUUAUGAUUUUUAAUGUUAUUGUACUAGAUUUUAUCAUUUGUACAUAAAAACUUUACAUCAUUGUUUUAUUGAUAUAUGUCAUAUAUAUGUUAUUGUAAUAAUAAAAACUGUGAUGCUUAA